UUUCGAAGCUCAGUGUGGAGUCAGCCGUGGUUCUAGGUGGAUGUGUCUCGCUUGCUCUUGUGGCACCUCCCGAAAGGAACUUUAACUUCUGGUGACAACGUGUAACUGUGGAGUCUUAAGUUGGAAAAAAUCUCGAAGGCACUGUUCGCAGUCUUAGGAAGUUCGUUAAUAAUAGCAAGUUCAUGGUUCAGUGGUUUGAAAAGCGUAGUGGAACACGAUUUUUGUUCUAGAAAAGAAACAACGGUGGAUCUGUCCCAAGUUUUGUUUUUUUAUUUGUUUUCUUUUAUUUAGAAAUUACGAUUUGAUUCUCAUUAUCCGGACAGAGCCUAGAUAAAUCACCGUUAGUCCCUGUUGCCCCGGACUACUGAUUUCUCUAAUAUAUUGCGAGUGUCCGUCGCGUUCUUGUUUAUCAUGGAUAUAAUGCUUUUAAUUCGGAAUAGUGACAACAACUAGCGGAAACCCCUUCGUUACCCAUGAAAGAGGUGCCUUGGAGCAGCGGGAUGGGAGGAGCAGGAGCAGGUGGAUGUGGGGCUGGAGGUGGCUGGCGAAGACAGCGCCCCGGGAACCACCUUCUUCUCGUAUUAUUACUUAUGAUAUUUACCUCUACUUCCUCAGUGACAGCAGCCGAGAGCUACCGCACUGCGUACGCCUGUGAAGGGACGAUUUUGUCCAUAGAGUGUGAACCUGGUCAGGUGAUCAACGUCAUCAGGGCGAAUUAUGGGCGUUUCUCCAUUACCAUCUGCAACGCCCACGGGAACACCGAGUGGUCGGUCAAUUGCCAAAGUCCGAGAACCCACAGAGUCCUCGCUGAAAAAUGCAGCGGAGAGGCCAACUGUAACAUGGCAGUCAACAGCGAACUCUUCGGGGAUCCAUGUCCACGCACCCACAAGUACAUAGAGGUCCACUACACCUGCAGGACAGCAACUACAACUACAACUACUUCACGACCGAGGCCUCCGUGGUUUUCAACCACUCGAUCACCUGUGUGGAGUCCUCCAAAGCUCAACGCAAAUAUUACAACCACCACUACAACUACGACACCCCCAACAACUACAACCACUACUACUACGACUACGACGACAACCACAACCACCACCACUACUGCCCCUGUCACAGAGGUACCACGUGAAGAGGAAGAGGAAGAAAAAGCUGUUGUGGAAACUGAGAAAAUCCCAACCACCCUUCCCGGUCCUCAGCCAAGUUCUCCUGCCCCAUCCACUUCAUCUACCUCCUCAACAACAACCACUACCACCACCAGUGCUGCUUACAGCACGACAUUUUCUCCCAGUACUCAUGCUCCUCCGAUUGGUCCUCCUCGAACUGAAGGUGAUUAUGAGACCACUUGGUGCCCACCUUCUUUUGGACGGGGUCUUUAUUGGAACUGGACUCGAGGUGGUGAAAUAGCUGUGCAGCCUUGUCCUGGUGGGGCUUCUGGUUGGGCAAGGCGACCUUGCAGUUCGUCCAGUUGGGCAGGUCCAGCAGAUCUCAGUGAAUGCCGGAGCGUGUGGUUGGCCACUCUGGAGACACGAGCUAACGCCCACGAGAGUCUGCUUGGUGUUGCUACAGAUUUAGCAGCCGUGACAGAAAGCAAAGCCUUGUAUGGUGGUGAUCUUACUACCACUGCCAGGUUAUUGUCAACAUUAGCAACGAGAAUGACUGAACAUUUGAAAGAAUUUCCGGAUCCAAGGCAGAGACAGGCAUUAGUGACUGAAUUAUUGCAAGCAGCUUUGGCUACAGGUUCGUCACUGCUUGCUGCUGGUAUGGCUGGGCCAUGGGGAGAUUUAGUUGUUCAUGAAAGAAGGCAUGCUGUUACACAGUUAAUGGUAGCUUUGGAAGAAGCGUCAUUCCUUCUAGCAGAUUCAUUAUCUGCUGGUACAGAAGCAGCAUACUUCAAGUCUCACGUACUUGUUUCGGCUCGGUCAGUACUAGCAGAUGGAUCUGCAGUUGAAUUUCCAUCCGGCCAGGACAAAACAUUGGACUGGGGAUAUGCAGAUCAUGUUACUCUUCCCCCAGAGGCAAUCUUGGAGAAUAGUGAUGGCGGAACUACCAAGGUGGUAUUUUUAACAUACAGACACCUGGAAGAUCUUCUCACACCUGGUGCUGAACCCAGUAUUGAACGCGGAUCUAAUGUAACACGUUUGGUUAAUUCAAGAGUAGUUUCUGCUUCACUAGGACAUGGUCGCCAUAUCCAACUACCUGAACCUGUUACACUUGUUUUUUCAUUGCUCAGACAGGAGAAUGUGACGCGUCCUGUUUGUGCAUUUUGGGAUUAUACUACUGCAGACUGGAGUGAUGAAGGAUGCCAUGUAGUUCACUUUAAUCGUUCACAUGUUACUUGUCAAUGCGAUCAUUUGACCAACUUUGCCGUCCUCAUGGAAGAAGGUGUUGGAGGUGUUGGAGAAGAUCCUCAGGCUGCUUUCCGUAUACUUGCAUAUGUUGGGUGUGUUGUUAGUUUGGUUUGUGUAGCUGGAUCACUGAUUGUGUUUUCAGUAUUUCGUGGAUUGGCAUCACCACGAACAGCUGUACAUCGUCAUGUGUGUAUAUGCCUCACAGCAGCAGAAUUGGUGUUCUUGGUAGGAGUAUGGCGAACAGAUGUGCCUGUGCUCUGUGGAGUCAUUGCAGGUGUACUUCAUUAUACCGUCCUCUCUGCAUUUGCGUGGAUGUUCAUGGAAGGUGUUCAUGUCUACCUGAGUGUAGCAAGAGCAGUUGAAUGUGAUUCUCUGCGUUUGCGAUGGUGGCAUCAUGCAUUGGCUUAUGGUCUUCCUUUGCUUGUGGUAGCUGCAGCAGCCAUAGUUGACCCUUUCAGUUAUGGAACUGAACAGUACUGUUGGCUCAGGACAGAUAACUACUUCGUUUUCUCUCUCGUUGGUCCGGCCUUGCUUUUCCUAGCUGCUGAUGUCGCUCUGUUGGCUGCUGCCCUCAUCUACACCUGCCGACUUUCUCCUGAUGACGCCCUCAAAACCAAGGAAAUGGCUCGACUAGCAUCUGCCAGCGGCGUGUACACCAACGCUCUCCAGCACCGACUCUACUCUCGCCUGGCUUGGCUCAGGGGCGCCAUCACGCUCUUGCUUCUGAUGGUGUUGACCUGGACCCUAGGACUCUUGUUCCUCCACCGCCCAUCGCUCCCCAUCGCCGCUGCUUUCUGCGUCCUCAACGCCCUCCACGGAAUCUUCAUCUUCAUCUACUACUGCAUCAGGAAUCAAAAAGUGCGGGAGUGGUGUCGGUCUGCAGCGGAGCGCGAGGCUUGGCUCCCCCAAGCGGUGCGUGUAGUCUUUGCCGCCGAGAAGCAGACGUACAGCCCCAAUAACAACAACACCAACCCCCACCCCGCCAUCUCUCACGCCCUCAAUCACGCCCUCGCCUCGCCCGCCCUCAACCAAUAUCUCCCAACGCUGUGUCCUCUAGGCGCAGUGAAGGGGUCAGGGGCCACCACACACCACCCUGUGGGCCCCCUGUUGUCCGGGGCCACAUCCACGAUGGGAUCUGGGGGCUCCCUUCGUCAGGGAGUCACGGGCCACCUUCCUCUAGGCGCCCUUCACCAGUCGCUGCCACGCCACCACACAAUCACCACUCCGCGCACCGCCACCACCACAGCCACCACCACCAAUCUUCAUCACGCCACCCUUAAUCACGCUGACGAAGAUGCCUCCUACAAGUCCUUCUCCAGGGAUUCUGGACACGGUGGGUCUGAACAGGAAGACUCUCCUCGCGCAGGGUGGAAUAAUCACCACCAUCGGUACUCCAACUCCUUGACAGCCGAUCUCAAAAAUGCCUACUUGGCCAAGCUGAAUAGCAUCAAUGCUGCUGGUGGUUUCGAUGGCAAUCUCACCUUCCCAAAUAUUGAAGCCGGGAAUAAGGUUAUAACUGUGCCUAACAGUUAUACAACCCAACUCGCGCAUGCGGGUGUUCCUCCAGCAGUUGCAGCAAUGCUUCGUGGUACUGCUAACACUGCCCGGUCUCACUCUCCAUGGAACCACACAUACAUGGAAAUAGAAACAGAAUCUGACCCAGUUUAUGAGGAAAUAGAGCGUGAACGCUGGGUGGGUCGGUCAGGUGCCGUGAACGGACCCGUUGGACAAGAGUCCAUGCAAGUGUCUGACCUCUCCGAUGAAGAUGUCAAGAGAGGCACUCCCAGUGACAUGAGCCGUCAGUCCUCCCGCAGCUACGGGGAUGCCAGGCCUCUCCUCCCUUACCACUCCUCAAGUCAUCACUUUGCCAGCCGCAGCCCCCAAGACCAACAGUUUGCCCUCAGUGAGGAGAGGCUGAGGGAUUUCAAUGCCGCACAGAUGAGCAAAGACUUGGAACAACUGCAACAGGCGCAGCAGCAGUUCAGCCGUGAGAAUCUGAUGACAGUUGCUGUGUUGAACGGGGAACAAGUUGUUUGCCGACUGACCUCGCCUUCUAAUCCUCAGGCACCUCAGUCUCUCCCUGUUAUCCAUGAGGGUAAUGGGCGUGGCUUAGUGUCCCAAGCUUCCCCAGCUACAAAUGGUUAUCCCGCCCACUUAGUUGUCUCUCGGCCAUCUCAUCUGAGGCCUCAGCAGUACAGCGAGUGCUAAUAGGCCUGAAACAAGGUGCAAUGGAUAUUUUAGUACUUCAGACUCCACUCUUUUGUGUAGAAGAUUCAGUAAAGCAGACAAAAACAAACUAAAUCUGGACAUUGCAUCAUAUAUAUACAUAUAUACUUUGCGAGUGUCUUUUUAGGUAUUUUCCACCUGUGUCUGCCAGCUGUCGCACAAGGAAAACAGGAUACUGUGCUGUUAAUAAUAAAAGUGAUAAGGAGCCUUUCUCUCAAACUAUUUAAUCGAAAACUGUAUACUUCCGUCUUCAGCUGGCUUAAAUCCUUGAUGGUGCAAAGGCAUUUUAUUUAAGAUCACGUAAAUAUGAUUUUGUGGGAAAAUAUUGAAGAAAUGGAAACUAUAUAAUACUAUAAUACGAGUGCAUUUGCGUUCAAAGACUUAAUUUCUGAAGAGCGUUCGGUUCCUUGUGUGUUUUGGAACCCUGUUUGGCAAGAAGAAACAUUUUGCAGUUAGCCAAUAUAAUAACUAGUCGAUGUCUGUUUUCUUAAUAUUAUUUAUUCUUCCUCUUUUUCCGUUUACGUGCCGCAGAACUGUAUCAUAGAGGUCUGUGAAGAAAUGAUGGUAUGGAAGCCAUUGUGAUUUUACGCAUGUAAGAAGUGUUCCUCUUAUUUUAAACAUUAGUGUGUGAUACAUUCCAGAGUCAGGUGUUCAUUUUUUCCUUUUCUGUUCAUUUCGAUAUUGGUUCAGCCUCAGUGCCAGAGUUGCUCUUAAACUUCGCUUUAGAAUCACACUAAGUAAAACUUGAAUGGCUAUUUGAGGAAGUGCCUUUAUUCGGUCAAAGGAGAAGUGUGUGUACAUGUAUAAAAUGGAAUUAUUUGGAGUUGUAUAUAUUGAUGUAAAUAGAAUAUAUUUAUAUGUACGUUUUCUUAAUGAAAAGCCAAAGCUUUUAGAUUGUAGAAGAGUCUUCAAAGAGAGAAAAUGAGAGAGUGAAUGAGAGUGAUUCAGAUUCCAGAUGGGCCUUUUUUUCCUCUGCUUAGAAGAGAAACACUGAUAAUGAUAAUACAACUUUACAUUAUUUUUUUUUUAUCAUCAUUAUUUGUUAUGCAUAUUUCGCCAGUAGCAGUCCUGGGGCUAUCACCGGCCUGUAGUGAAUGAAAUCAUCAUGAAUGGAAAGACAAAAAAUUACCUUUUCAUUUUAGAUUGACAUCCCCGUAAAAACCCAAUUCCUCCCCCCCCAACCCCCUCACCAUCAGAGUUCAUGAUUGCAUCGCCGACAUUACCGAGGCAUCUUCUGCUGCUGCUCUGUUGCUAUCAGUGUUGCCUCUUGCAUUGGAUAUCAGCUGCUCUGUUGAUAUCAAUCAACAUAACACAUUUUUUGUUGCGUUUAUAGAAAACGGUGUCUCCUCGAUGCGUAGGUGAGUUUCCGUGUGUCUGAGGGAAUGAAUAAUUAAGGAGAUUAAUUAAUCUUAUCAAGAAUUGUACUGAUGUAUUAUUAUGAUUUCGAGGAGGCACCGUCGAGAAGAAUAAAAGAGGAUUAUAUUAGCUGUAAUUGCUCUUCAAGUAGCUUUAGCCGACCCCAGGAACUGUUUCUGCCAUUUAUAUCUCUUCUCCAACUUGUGAGCUGUGAUACGUUGAAUAGAUAAUCAGUGUAAAAUAUGACAAUAAACUGUUUAAAUGGA